UGAGCGUAGAGAUGGAUCUAAUCUAAUCCAUGUGAUGAGAUCCUAAUUUUAAUUUUGCUCCUCAAAAUUUCCGGAGAGCAUUAUUAUCGCAUCUUCACUUUCAAUUUCAAUUUCCCUAUUGCUAAUCUCAAUCGGGUGGGUAUGUUCCCUUUUCAACGCACUUGCUUACUGCUUAAUCUCUUUUCUUCAUCUUCAAUUCCAUUUGUUUAUGAUCAUAUAUAUCAUAGUUUGGGUUACUGUUUAUGAAUAACUGGAGCUGGAUAUAACGUGUUUGCAUACUUGCCUGGCUGAACCUUAUAGGGAAGAAAACAGAGCGUGUGAAAUUUUCUAUAUUGGCUUUGCCAAUUGCCAUAAAUGGACUUUACCAUAAGUUUUCAUUGGAAUUUUCAAGAACCCAGUUAGAAAUUGGCCAACCUCCCUUUCUUCACUGCAACCAACCGAUUGAAAGCUGACGUCUUUGCCUUCAAAAGAGCUUAGACACUUGCUAGCACUCAGGACUGCUCCUUGCAAUGGAGGAUGUUGAAGACAAGCUUCCCUCUGACUCCACUUCAAAAAUUGCAGAAGAGACACCACUGGGAGAACAUGCUGAAGACAAGCUUCCCUCUGAGUCCUCUACGAAAAUUGCUGAAAAGACACCCCUUGCAGAACCCCCUGAAGGAAAUACUGAAGUGAUGAACCCACCAGAUAAUCAAUCUUCCACUGAAGCUCCAACAAUCACAUUUAGUAAUGGAGAAGUGGAGUCUGGCACUACUCAUUUGCCAGUGACUUUGUUAUCUGAAUUAGCAUCAUCGAAUGCUUCUGAUGGUCAAACUAUAAUACAAGAUGAGUAUCUUUCUAUAGGAAAUUCAGCUUCAACCCCAAAUGCUACAGUUGAUGUAACAGAAAGAAGCCAUCAGGGAACUUUGGUUGAAGAUUCUGAACCAGGUGUUGUAGAAGAUGUCUCUGACAGGCAUGAAUUGCAGGAUGAUGUUACUAAUGUCACUGCUGGCAGUGAUGUUGAUAAUGAUAUUAUACUCUUGGCUUCCAGUUCUGAAACAAAAGAUUUGCAAAAUCAUUACAACGAACUAAGGAUAGAUCCACCUCAAAUCGAGGUUCCAGAAGUUGCUGACGGAACAGUUGACUCACCCGCUCAUGCCAAGCAGGUUGAUGCAAAAAGAGGCCAUAUUGAUACCGCAGCUCCAUUUGAAUCUGUCAAGGAAGCUGUUUCUAAGUUUGGAGGAAUUGUGGAUUGGAAGGCUCAUAGAAUCCAGACUGUGGAGAGACGCAAUCUUGUAGAGCAAGAACUUGAAAAAGCACAAGAGGAGAUCCCAGAGUACAGAAAACAAGCAGAGGCUGCUGAAGAGACAAAAGUUCAAGUACUGAAAGAGCUGGACAGCACAAAGAGACUAAUUGAAGAAUUAAAACUUAACCUAGAGAGGGCACAAACAGAAGAGUGUCAAGCAAGACAGGACUCGGAACUUGCAAAGCUCAGAGUGGAAGAGAUGGAGCAGGGUAUUGCAGAUGAAUCGAGUGUUGCAGCCAAGGCACAACUCGAGGUCGCAAAAGCCAGGUAUACAGCAGCUGUUUCGGAUUUAAUAGCUGUGAAAGAGGAGCUGGAAGCAUUGCGUAAGGAAUAUGCUUCCUUAGUUACUGAUAAAGAGGUAGCUAUUAAGAAAGCUGAAGAGGCUGUUGCUGCAUCAAAAGAAGUGGAGAAAUCAGUGGAAGAUUUAACUAUUGAGCUAAUUGCCGCAAAAGAGUCAUUGGAGACUGCACAUGCUGCACACUUGGAAGCAGAGGAACAUAGAAUAGGAACAGUCAUGGCAAGAGAUCAAGAUUCUCUCAAUUGGGAGAAGGAAAUUAAACAGACAGAAGAAGAGCUCCAGAGACUCAACCAGCAAAUUUUGUUUGCCAAGGAUCUCAAAUCUAAACUGGAAACAGCUUCUGCUUUGCUUCUUGAUUUGAAAGCUGAAUUAACUGCUUAUAUGGAAUCAAAGUUAAGGCAGGAAGGUGAUGAAGAAAGAAUCUCAAAAGGAGACCUAGAAGAACAAGAGAAGAAGACACACACUGAAAUACAAGCAGCAGUGGCAUCAGCCAGAAAGGAACUUGAGGAAGUAAAGCUAAACAUAGAGAAAGCAACUGCUGAGGUUAAUUGCUUGAAGGUAGCUGCUACAUCAUUAAAAUCAGAACUUGAACAAGAAAAAUCAACUCUUGCCUCCAUCAAGCAAAGAGAGGGAAUGGCCUCCAUUGCAGUUACAUCUCUCGAAGCUGAAUUGGACAAGACUAGAUCAGAAAUAGCUUUGGUUCAGAUGAAGGAGAAAGAAGCCAAAGAGAAAAUGACCGAACUUCCCAAGAAGCUACAGCUAUCAGCUGAAGAGGCUAAUCAGGCCAACUUGCUUGCUCAAGCAGCUCGUGAAGAGCUACAGAAAGUAAAGGCAGAAGCAGACCAAGCCAAGGCUGGAGUAAGUACCUUGGAAAGUAGAUUACUUGCAGCUGAAAAGGAAAUAGAGGCUGCAAAGGCUUCUGAAAAGUUGGCAAUAGCAGCAAUUAAAGCAUUGAAAGAGAGUGAAUCAACUAGAAGCAACAAUGAAGUGAACCCGUCCACUGGGGUAACACUUUCUUUGGAGGAGUACUAUGAGCUCAGCAAACGAGCUCAUGAGGCAGAAGAGCGAGCCAAUAUGAGGGUUGCAGCUGCUAAUUCUGAAAUUGAUAUAGCUAAGGAGUCUGAAUUGAAAUCCUUCGAGAAGUUGGAUGAUGUGAAUAGAGAGAUAGCUGCUAGAAGGGAAUCUUUGAAGAUGGCAAUGGAAAAAGCUGAGAAGGCAAAGGAAGGUAAAUUAGGUGUAGAACAAGAAUUAAGAAAAUGGCGAGCUGAUAACGAGCAACGAAGAAAGGCUGGUGAGUCAGUGGUAGACCAGAACAAAAGCCCUAGGGGUAGUUUUGAGGGUAGUAAGGAAGCGAAUAAUUUUGACCGGGCUCAUCAUGCAGUUAAUCCUGCACAUUACAUGUCAAGUCCAAAGGCUUAUGCCCAUGCUGACAAUGAUGACAAUGAUGAAAGUGGAUCAUCCCCAGAAUCAAAACAUGGGAAAAAGAAGAAGAAAUCAUUGUUCCCACGGGUUUUGAUGUUUUUUGCUAAAAGAAAAUCUCAUUCAACCAAGUCAGGGUAAUCCCGAAUUGAAAUCAUAUACAUUGUUAUGUUGCAGUUAUCUUAACUCCCAUCAUUUUGGAGUUCCCACAGUGACUUGAAAAGCUGGACUGUUCAAAACUAUACCGAACGUGUACAUGUUGGUGGUUGCUAUAUGUAUGGUUUGAUUGGAUUAUACUCUCUUUCGCUAAAUGGAUGGUGUAUGGUCGCCUGCUCAGUCCUUUAUGAGGAGGUAAAAAUGAGUUUAUCUUUGGUGGGAAAAGAGAAAAUAAGAUGAUCCUGUAUUGUGUAUAGGCUUCUGAUAUAUUGAACCUCGGCUUCUGUAAAGAUUUGUAUGAGAUUUGAUCAAUUGAAAGAAAAAUUUCCAGUUUGAGAUUUGAAGCGCUUAAUGGCAUGGUGUUGGAAUAUUGAAAAAACCUCAUUAAAUUGAAACCUGGAAAAAGCUUCUAAAUGGCUCCCAAUCAAAAGGUGAGAUUAUUGUGGAUCUUCUGAUGCAUGGAGUUUACCAUAUAAAGGCUAAAGUCAGAUUUAAAAAAAUAUAGACUCCUAUAC